AUGGACAAUAUGCAGAGACCCAUCAAAGUUCUGAUGUUGCCAUGGCUUGCUCAUGGCCACAUAUCACCGUUUUUAGAGCCAGCAAAGGGGCUUUCCAGGAGAAACUUCCACAUUUACUUGUGUUCCACUCCUGUCAACCUAAGCUCCAUCAAACCCAAAAUUUCCGAGAAAUAUUCAUCGUCCAUUGGACUUAUUGAGCUUCACCUCCCAUCUCUGCCUAACCUCCCUCCCCAUUAUCACACAACCAAAGGCUUGCCUCCUCACCUCAUGAACACCCUCAAAGUGGCUUUCGACAUGGCGAGCCCCAGCUUCUCCAGUAUCAUCAAGAGCCUGGGCCCCGAUUUGCUCAUCCACGACUUUCUCCAACCGUGGGCGGUAGAAGCGGCGCAAUCUCACAGCGUGCCAUCAGUCGUCUUCUUUAGUGCUGGUGCGGGGGCCCUAUCUUUUAUGUUCCAUGUGAUCAUGAAUACUGGCAGUAAGUUCCCCUUCGAAGCAAUUCAUCUUCAUGAUUACGAGCGGACAAAACUCAUCAAGUUGAUAGACGACUCCGCAGGCCGCCUGAGCAACAAAGAUAGGGCUUUACAAAGUGUUGAAAGAUCCCUUUGUUGA